AUGCCUGUCAUGCACUCACGGGCUCGCUCUUCCUCCGUUGCAUCCCCACCAUUCCUCGCCCUCCCUCCCACUCCAUGUCCCUCCCACCCACCGCCUGUUGCUCCCCCCCUGCCUACUGCGUGGGGGGCGAUGGGCGUGACCAUGGGGUCGCUGUUCAUGCACGUGGGGCGUGUCAUGGCGGGGCUGCAGAGCCGCUUCGCUAGCGCACCAUUCCCCCCAAGACACCUCCCAAACCGCAUACCGCACAGUCCCCUUCGAGCAAACCAUCUUCACGCGCGAGACCUAAGAGGCGCAUACCGCACGGCGCCCUACGUGCGCGCCGCCACGCUCACCACGCUCCUUCUCUUCAUCCUCCUCUCGCUCGCCCUUGCCGCGCCGCUCUACUGGAUGGUGGGGCCGGCGCCCUCCGCCACCGCCUUUGCCGUGUUCAUCGCCAUGCUGUGCAUGGCCUUUGCUGUGUUCAUCACCACGCUGUGCCUGGCCUUUGCCAGCAGCCCCCCCGUGGGCGCUCUCGUCCCUCCCGUAGCGCGGCCCCGCUGGCCCUUGAUCGUCACGUAG